CCUUACCUUGAAUUUCAAAAUGGAGCUUGACAUCCAGUGCGAGGAGAUGAACCCAUCUCGAUGGGCUGAGCUGCUUUCCAUCAUGAAAACCUGCAAGGCCAUCAGGCUGGAUGACUGUAAUCUCUCCAGCAGUGACUGCAAGGACCUCUCCUCCAUCAUCACCACGAAUCCAUCCCUCACAGAGCUGAAGCUGAACAACAACGAGUUCGGAGAUGCAGGCAUCGAGUACCUGUGUAAAGGCUUGCUGACGCCAAGCUGCAGCUUGCAGAAAUUAUGGCUGCAAAACUGCAAUCUGACAAGCGCCAGCUGCGAGACUCUCCGCUCCGUCCUCAGUGCGCAGCCGUCGCUGACGGAGCUGCAUGUGGGCGACAACAGACUCGGAACCGACGGCGUAAAGGUGCUCUGUCAAGGGCUCAUGAACCCCAGCUGCAAGCUCCAGAAGUUGCAGCUGGAAUAUUGUGAACUCACAGCUGAUAUCGUGGAAGACCUCAACGCUGCUCUGCAAACCAAGCCCACUCUGAAGGAGCUCAGCCUCAGUAACAACACGCUGGGAGAUACAGCUGUAAAGCAGCUGUGCCGGGGACUGGUGGAAGCAAGAUGCGACCUGGAGCUUCUGCACCUGGAGAACUGUGGAAUAACCAGCGAUAGCUGUCGGGAUAUUAGUGCUGUCCUCAGUAACAAGUCAUCCCUUAUGGAUCUGUCCGUGGGGGAUAACAAGAUCGGGGACUCUGGUCUGACUCUGCUGUGCCAAGGACUGCUGCAUCCCAACUGCAAAAUCCAGAAGCUAUGGUUAUGGGACUGCGAUCUCACAAACAUUAGCUGUAAAGAUCUCUCCGGAGUCAUCAGUUCCAAAGAGACUCUCGUAGAAAUAAGUCUGAUAGACAACAACCUGAGAGACGCCGGCAUGGAAAUGCUGUGUCAGGCACUCAAGGAUCCCCGAGCCCAGCUCCAGGAGCUAUGGGUGAGAGAGUGUGGGCUCACGACCGCUUGCUGCAAGGCAGUCAGCUCUGCUCUCAGUGUGAACAAGCACCUGAAAAUACUGCACAUGGGUGAGAACAAGUUGGGAGAUGCAGGCGUCGAACUCCUGCGUGAGGGGCUGCUGCACCCAAACUGCAACAUCCAGUCGCUGUGGUUGGGUAACUGCGAUCUCACAGCCGACUGCUGCACAACGCUCGCCACAAUCAUGGUCACCAAGCAGUGUCUUACAGAGCUGGACCUGAGCUACAACACGCUGGAAGAUGACGGCAUGAGGAAGAUCUGCGAAGCCUUGAGGAAUCCAAACUGCAAGUUGCAGCAGUUAAUCUUGUAUGACAUUUUCUGGAGUGCAGAGGUGGAUGAUGAACUAAGAGCCCUGGAGGAAUCCAAGCCUGAAUUGAAGAUCAUCUCCUGA